UUAAUAAACAUUUUUUAGUUAAAUAAGAUAUGGAAGAUAUUGCUUUUAUUUUAAACAAAAUUUCUAUAAGACAAGGAAUAAUACCAUUAAUAGAAAAUCGUUUCUCGAACUGCAACGCUGACAACUUUAAUAAUUUUCGGCCAGUAAACAUUUUUGACGCAAUGGCCACCAGCAGUGUUGUGGCGACUUCUUCUGUCAAAACAGAUCAUAAGCAAAGUAGUUCCAAUGAAGCUAGUGAAGAGGAUGAUGAAAAAUCAAUUGCAGGUGGUGGCAUUGGUACAUUAUCGCAACGCCGCAGUAUGCCAUCUCGUGCCUCAAAAGAAAACUCAAUGUCAAAGGUUAAGAGACGCACUAUUAUGAGACCCACCAAACGUGAUGUAUCGAGAGCAAUUGAUUUUUCAUCAAUGCGUUUUGAAGAUGUAAAGAAAAUAUAUUUGAACCAAAAGCUGACUAAUUUCCGACCAUCAAAAUUGGAAACGAUUUUUGAGGAACCACAAGAAAGUUCGGAAAACUGUGCAGAAUUCAAAUUUAUUGGUCCUCGUAAAAUAAAGCGUUCCUUGUCUUGUUCAGAUGGAUUGAAUAUAAAUAAGUCAGUUAUUAAGCAACGUCGUGCAAAAAUCAAAAAAACUUUCGGACGACGUUUGUCAAUUCGUAUGUCUAAGAAAAAAUUUGCAAUUAAUGAUUUUAUUGAAAGACUGAACAAAAGCGUUGAAGAAGAAACCAAGCAUGAAUCCAAAGACGAAAUAAAUGCAGCUAUAGACAUUAUACAAACUAAUACAAUUGCGUGUCAAACCUCUUUUAGCAUCAAGGAAGACCGUUUAGAAGAAAAAGAACAAUGUUUAGAAAUCACAUCACAACCAAAUUUCUUAAGCUCAACUGAAGAGGACCUUAUAUAAGAAUCCAUUUUUUUUUUUUAAUAUUAUUAUCUACUCGACUUAUUUUUGAUGAUAACGUAUUUAUAUUGAUAAGCGUAUUGGAGAAGUGUUGGAAAUAUAAGACUUAAGCAUUAGCGCAUAAAUUAUUUUAGAAGUU